AAGGCUUUGGAGUGUUAGUUCAACUGGGGAAUACCAGAUCCCCGCAAUGCGGCUCAAGUCAACUACCAGACUCUUCAUAUGUUAAGGUUACAAAAUGUCAGCAUUGAAUCGUUCGUCCAUCAUUCGAUCCAAUCAUUACAGCCAUGGCCCGUAGAACAAGCCAUCGAAUGGGCCCAUCCGAUGUGGUCAUUCUCGUCAUGGGAAUGACAGGCAGCGGGAAAAGUCAAUUUGUCUCAAAAUUGACGGGAGAAAAUGCUGGUGUUGGUCACAGUCUCACAGCAGGCACCGUUUCUCUUGACCUCUACAGCUGCGUCGAAAAUGGCCAGCGAAUCUUUGUGGCGGAUACUCCUGGCUUUAACGACACUCAAAUCUCAGACGUUGAGAUUUUGAAGGAUAUCGCCUUUUUCCUUGGCCAGCUCCAUCUCAGAAACGUUCGCUUAGGAGGCAUCCUCUAUCUUCAUUCCAUUACCGACAACCGAGUCAGCGGCUCGGCUCUGAGAACGUUCAACAUGCUUCGAGCUUUGUGUGGCCCGCAAGCAUUGAACUGUGCUGCUCUGGUAACCACAAAGUGGGGUGCCUUGCGCAGUCCUAAGGAUGACCUUGCUGCCUGUGACCGGGAGAACGAACUGAUGUACACAUCAAACUUCUGGGGCUCCAUGCGCCAGCACGGCAGCCAAUCGUACAGAUGGCUCGGAAGUGAGGCAUCAGCCCGCUCUAUCGUUCGGGAAGUCAUUCAGACGACCUGUCGAAGAACCUCCUCCCCAGUCCUUCAGAUCCAACGCGAACUGAUCGAUGAGAAGCGACCCCUAGACAGCACCUCAGCCGGGCGUGAGAUGAUGAAGCGUUACGAAGACAGAUGUCAAAAGGUCAAGCAGGAACUUGACGACCUCAGGUCUGAGCUACUCAGUGCCUCUGGUCUCACACGAGAAGAGCUCAAAGAGGGUGAAGCGGAGGUGAACCGUUUGAUGAACGAGCUGAGCAGAUCAGAGACUUCCCAACAGGGGCUUCGCGUCAGCCAGCGAGAUCUCUUUGAGCAAAAGACGGGCGAAUAUAAGCAGUUGUAUCAGGGAAUCUGGGAGGAGGUAGAACAAGAGGAUCAAAUGGUCAGUGAGAUUGGUGGGCGUGAGCAGAGAUUGAGUCAUCUCGAACCCAAGAGGGACAGUGCCAAGGGCCUCGCCACUGCAGAAAAUCCCCCGAUCCCUCCCAGAGCCGGAACGUGGGCAAGGGUGGGGCGUUUCCUCAAGCGGAACGUGCUCCCGCUGCUUGGAGUUCUGGCAGGCGUGGGAGUUGUUGCGGCUGGUGCUGCGGUGAUCAGCCCGCCUCUGAUAAUGGCAGGUGCGCAACUCUUGGCAUUGUCCUUUGCCGGAGUUCAAUGGCACACUGGUCAGGGUGCUGAUGGGCCAGAUCUGAUAGCUGGCGUCGAAGGGGUGAUUAGAGCAUGUCCACCGACUCCUAUAACUGCUGGUUUUCGCAUGCAUACCUAGCCUGGAGCAGGUCUUCUUACCGUUACUGUAUAUAUAUUUGUUGUGGAUAGGGAAUGUAAGACUUUGAAUAAAACACGAUGGCGCGUUUCAGUCUUUCAGAGGGCAGUGGAAGGAGAAGGAGAGAUUCAUUGAGAGGUGAAAUGAGAUGAAGUGGGAGAUAGUUCUUUUCUAUUGGUAGGGGAGAAAACUGUCGAGGUAUCGAAUACUCCUAUCUUGCGUCUGGUGGCGCCUUGGACACGAGUUUGUGGACUGGAGUGACC